AUGUUAGCACCAUUAAUACAACUCCUGGCUGAUCUCAACCUUAAAAAGACACCUCAACUUCUGGAAUUGCAGAUACAAUAUGAGGAUGUUGAGGAACUCAUAACAUUAUCACCUGAGAAAAUCUUAUUGAAAUGGAUGAACUUUCAUCUUAAGAAAGCAGGCUACACAAAAACUGUAACAAAUUUCUCUGCAGAUAUAAAGGUGAGCACCUACGCGUUGCUGGUCGAAGAUGUACUUGAAGUUGUAUCCGAUACAGUUGUGGUGCAUGAAGCUGCAACCUCACGCAUACAACGCCUAACUAAGGGGUUUUGGGGUGGCCAGAGAGUGGGGUACUUAAUGGAAGAUCUUGAUGAUUACUCAGAUUUCGAAGGGCAAUCUGAAUACCGAAAGGACAAGAGAAGAAGGUCUAGUGAUGCAAUUGUUGUUGAUGUAGGAAAGAAAUCGACGAAGAGGAAAAGCGUUGAGUUGGUGAUGAGUAAAGAAGAAGGAGACGCUCUCAUUGAGGUUGUACGCGGUAAUUUGAUGGCUUGUUCAACAGAGCAGUCUUCCCUAACCUUAAUCCAGAUGGGAAUUGUUGGAUCCAUGCCUCGCCAAUUUCUUGAAGUUAAUCCAGCAGUCAGGUAA